AUGGACGGAGACGCCUCCCCCAACGGCACCACGUCAAACGUCACCUCGACGGUCCCCAGACCGCCGGAGACCCCGGACCUCUGGGAGGUCGUCACCAUCGCCACAGUGAGUGCGGCGGUCAGCCUGGCCACAGUGGUGGGCAACGCCCUGGUGCUGAUGUCCUUCCAGGUCAACGGCCAGCUGAGGACAGUCAGCAACUACUACCUGCUGAGCCUGGCCUGCGCCGACCUCAUCAUCGGGCUCUUCUCCAUGAACCUGUACACCGCCUACAUCCUCAUGGGCCGCUGGGCCCUGGGCAGCCUGGCCUGUGACCUCUGGCUGGCCCUGGACUACGUGGCCAGCAACGCCUCAGUCAUGAGCCUGCUGGCCAUCAGCUUCGACCGCUACUUCUCCAUCACCCGGCCGCUGACUUACCGGGCCAAGCGCACCCCGCGGCAGGCGGGCCUCCUGAUCGGCCUGGCCUGGCUGGCCUCCUUCGUCCUGUGGGCCCCGGCCAUCCUGGGCUGGCCGCUCCUGGUCGGGGAGCGGACGGUGCCCGCCGGCGAGUGCCAGAUCCAGUUCCUCUCCGAGCCGGUCAUCACCUUCGGGACGGCCAUCGCCGCCUUCUACGUCCCCGCCACCGUCAUGACCGUCCUGAACUGCCGCAUCUACCGGGAGACGCGGCGCCGGGCCGAGGACCUGGCCCGCCUGCGGGCGGCCGAGUCGGGGGCCGAGCCGCGGACGCCCGGGCUUCGGAUCCGCCCCCGCUGCCCGCCACCCGCUCUGGCCCGGCGGGGGCAGGCCCAGGAAUCCUGGUCCUCAUCCGGCUGCAGCCCUCCGGCCUCCGCCGCCGGGACCAUACGCCGGUUUCCCCGCAGCAGCCCCCCCUCCUCCUCCUCCUUGGAGGAGGACGGGGUCAGGCCAGGCGGUGGGAGCCCGGAGGAAGAAGACAGAGGCAGGCCGGCCUGGGGGCACCUGGAGGAGGAUCCCGGGGGAAGGGGUGGCAGGGAUCCCGCGGGGCUGGGCCCGGCUGGGAAUCCCAAGGCCCCCAAGUACCCCGCCUCGCCUGGGUCCAGGCUCCCGGCCGGGGGCACCAAAGGUUUCGCUUACAAGUGCCGCCUGACGGUCAAGGCCGAGGGGGCGGUGCGCGAGGUCACCGGCGGCUGCCGGGCGGUCAAGGUCGUGCCCGGCCCGGCGCCCCCGGACGUCCCGUCUGCCGGCCUCAGCCCCCACGGGACCAAGCGGAAGCGGACGGUCCUGGUGAGGGAGAGGAAGGCGGCCCAGACGCUGAGCGCCGUCCUACUGGCUUUCAUCCUGACCUGGACGCCGUACAACAUUCUGGUGCUCGUGUCCGCCUUCUGCCUGCACUGCGCGCCUGCCUGGCUGUGGCACCUGGGCUACUGGCUAUGCUACGUCAACAGCACCGUCAACCCCGUCUGCUACGCCCUGUGCAACAGGGGCUUCCGCCGCACCUUCCGCCUGCUGCUGCUGGGCCGCUGGGGGACAAGGAGGAAGUGGAGGAGGAGGCCGCAACAGGCCCAGGGCGACAGCAGGCUGCCGUGA